AUGUGUCGCCUGGAUAUACGUCACUUCUGCGAGGAUUGGCGCAUCUGGAUACGCCCGCUGCUGAUUGUCACCUAUGGUAUAUUCGCGAUCAUUGUGGUGCCCCUGCUCAUCGUGAACUCUGUGAAGGACGGCUUCCAGCGCAACGAUCAAUUGAUACUCAUUGGCGGAUUGUUUGUGCUAUCGGCGGUGCCUGUGUCAAUAUGGCACAUCAUACAACACGUCAUACAUUUCACGAAGCCCAUUCUGCAGAAGCACAUCAUACGUAUACUGUGGAUGGUGCCCAUCUACGCUUUGAACGCGUGGAUUGGUCUGUUCUUUCCGAAACAUUCGAUCUACGUGGACUCGUUGCGCGAGUGCUAUGAGGCGUACGUAAUCUACAACUUCAUGGUUUACCUGCUUAACUACCUGAAUCUCAACAUGGACUUGGAGAUAACCAUGGUGUACAAGCCGCAGGUGAAUCACUUUUUCCCCCUCUGCUGCAUGCGUCCCUGGAUUAUGGGUCGCGAAUUCAUCCACAACUGCAAGCACGGCAUUCUCCAGUACACCGUCGUGCGACCCAUAACCACAUUCAUUUCUGUCAUCUGUGAGCUGUGCGGCGUCUACGGCGAGGGAGAGUUCGCUGGCAAUGUGGCCUUUCCGUACAUCAUAGUCGUUAACAACAUCUCCCAGUUCGUGGCCAUGUACUGCCUGGUGCUCUUCUAUCGUGCUAACAAGGAGGAUUUAAAGCCCAUGAAGCCCAUUCCUAAGUUUCUGUGCAUCAAGGCUGUGGUGUUCUUUUCCUUCUUCCAAGGAGUGCUUCUCAAUGUCCUGGUUUACUAUGGCAUUAUCAAGGACAUAUUCGGCUCAGAUGUGGGCGAGACCAAUCUGGCAUCCAUGCUGCAAAACUUUCUCAUUUGCAUUGAGAUGUUUAUCGCUGCCGUAGCUCACAUCUACAGCUUCCCGCACCAUCCGUUCCACAUUAACUCGCCGCAGUAUUGGAAUAAUCCCAAUCAUAGCUGGUGUCGUGCUUUUCUCUCCAUGAUGGACAUAUCGGACAUGCAAGAGGAUGUCACUGAGCAUUUGGGCGUGGUGGGCAGCACAUUAAGCCGCCGUUUUCAGGGUCGCAGCACCUAUCAGCCCCUGGCACGGGGUCCCCGACGCUCCAGCAGUGAAUCCGAGUACUUAAUCAGCAAGCGGCAGGAUCAGCAGCUCUCCGGCAGUUCCACUCAAUCAGGUAACAUGUAUGGGGCCACAUCAAGUCGCUUGGUUGUGCCCGUCGAUGUGGGGAAACUGAACAUCCUUACCGAUCCAAAUCAAACUCACGCCCAAUCUCAAUAUCCUUUAGCAGGCGCAGACGGGGCUGGUGAUAAUAGUAAUAGCAACAACUACCAACAACAACAACUGCACUUGCCGGGUGCAAGGUCACAGCCGUCACCGCGUCAGCGUGAAACUCAGCAUCUUCGAGAGCGGGAGCGCGAGCGGGAACGCGAUGAGCAGCAGCAGCAUUUCGUGGGGGCUGGUGGGAGCAGCUUUUUGCGCCUAGUACCAGUCGCUGGAGCUGCUUCAUCGGCAGCCCCCAUACCCGAGUCGAACGACGACUAUGCACUUCUGCUGGGAGCGGGAGCGGGCAGGUGACACCGCUAUCAUUACCAGCACCAGCACCCGCAUAUCGACGAUGCGUUCGAAGACGAAGAUGGUGUAGAUGUUAGUCAAAAUUUGAACGCCUCUUCACUGAGCGCGUCGCUGUCCGAUUCAUUUGGCAUGUCCAGCAGUUUGAAAUUCAGCGCCACGUGCAGUAAUCAAUCCGAGUGGUCGAAUUCAACAGGUGGGGAUGAGGACGAUGACGGAGACGAUGACAACGACGACGGUGACGAUAUUGACGAACAGGAGGAACAGCAUCCGGUUGUUGUUGUUGCCUCAACGACGCGGCGUCGCCGCGAUCGAGAGUACAUCACCUAGAUCCUAGAAAACUGACUUAUUGGACUUUAAUUUUUCUUCAGUUAUUCCCAUUCUUAUAUUUAUUACUUCCCAAUAUUCUGAUUAAGUUGAUUAGUCAUUUGGUCAUCGGUUUGGCAAAUGCAAAUAUUAGUUUUAAAAUACUCAUUCGAAGCAACCUUUCUCGCAACCCCAUCGGAUGGGGUCUUUGAAAUUGUGGCCUUAAUUUGUAAUUCGAUAGUAACAAAGGAUUUUUCAUAGCAAUCGUAUGGUUUACACCGAGAAAGCAUGCGACACACGUGCAUACACCCUUUAUUCCACAGAUGAGGGUAUUAGCUCUUAGCUGGCUGUAGUGUAAACCCCUGUAAUCAACUCCUGGAACACCUAAAUUAUACAUUUUUAUACUUAUAUCCGCUAGGCCAAAUAGUUUAUUGAAACAUGCCUGAACCGAUUGUGAAUUUUGUGACUGCCGCCGGUCAGAAAAGGGCGUACUUUAUACAUAUUUAAAUAGAAAUUGUUAUUGUAAAUCUAAUAUACGUCUCAAUAAUAAUAUUGGAAAAUA